UUUGGUUCAUAUUCUAAAGAAUUGUUUGAAGAAAAAAGAUUCUCCAGUUUCAGAGAUUUUUAAGGUUAUUUUUUUCCCUAGAUUAAUUGUAUUGUAGCAUUGAGUGCAAUCAGAAUCCAUAGGUGAUAUAUUUAUAAUUGUGUUUACAUUAUUUUGAGUCUUUUAUCAUUAACAGUCAGUUUGAACUUGAACCAAUAUGACUAAGAACCACAAAGCAGUAAGCUGAAUAUUGUAUAGUAUACUUAACAUAGAGAUUUUACAUGAACAUUAUUUUUACUUAUUUAAGCCAAUGUCUAGCCCUUUUGCUUUAGAAGUCAUAACACUAAGAAGAGAAUUUCAAAUGUGAAAGCUCCAAAUUUGUUAGUUUUCCUGAAAUUUAAAGUGAAAGUCAUCAGUGGAAGCUGUGGAUCUACUUUCAAGAAAGACCCUAGAAAGGUGUCUAUUAUGCCCACCUGUACAAGAACCCAGGAGAUGAUGAGCCAUUAAUGUAGAAUAAGAUCUGGCUCUAAAGAAAGAGGCUCACUGGCCCAUUCAUCAAACUUGAGAGAUGUUGAAAAUUAAACAUCCCCAGAGUCUUUCAAGGACCUGCUGAUGACUAGAAGCUGAACACGAAAGACUACAUCCUGUGUGAUUCCAUUUGACUGUGAAAUUCUAGAAUAAGGAAAAUUAAUCGUUCAUCCAUGAGCUCGGAUUUCCCACAUUACAACUUCAGGAUGCCUAAUAUUGGAUUCCAGAAUCUGCCUCUCAACAUAUAUAUUGUGGUUUUUGGCACUGCUAUAUUUGUCUUCAUCCUUAGUUUACUCUUCUGUUGCUACUUGAUUAGGCUAAGACAUCAAGCACACAAAGAAUUUUAUGCCUACAAACAGGUUAUAUUAAAAGAGAAAGUAAAAGAACUGAAUUUACAUGAGCUCUGUGCAGUGUGUCUAGAAGACUUCAAGCCUCGAGAUGAGUUGGGCAUUUGUCCAUGUAAGCAUGCCUUUCACAGAAAGUGCCUUAUUAAGUGGCUCGAGGUUCGUAAAGUAUGUCCACUGUGCAACAUGCCAGUUCUGCAGCUGGCCCAGCUGCACAGUAAGCAGGACCGUGGACCCCCGCAGGGGCCCCUGCCUGGGGCAGAGAACAUCGUAUAGCUCCCCCAAGGACCAAACUGCUGUGGGAUCCGACAUCCAUAUGGAGCCAGGAGGAACACACGCGGUCUCUGCGUUGGCUGCUCUACCUGGGGCACCAGCUGCCACUUCCUUUGCCUCAUGAAGAACUCGGGCCAGCUACGCUGGGAAGCCAGACUGCUGGGUCUUGUGACAACCAAAGCACGCUGACACUACCCCAUGCCAAGAGAAGAGGAGUGGAUGAUGGAUAAGCCUUCCGGUUACAUUCAAGAAAUUUCAUGAGGGUCUCUUACUGACGCCAUUACUCUGUCUCCCAGAUACUUUUCUCCAUGUCAAGGUGAAUCUUUAUCAAGCAGAAGGGAAGAUAGGAUUGUUAGAGAAGGGAACUGAGGGCAGGUGUUUAAAGCCC